GAAGUCUUGACCUGGAAGGAACUCCGGUCUGCCUGUCGCCGAUUCAGCGCCUGGUGGUUGCAACUUUUGACUGCCUUCAGUUUGCAUCCACGAGGCUGAACUUUUUCAAUUUCCGCUUCAAUUUUCUUCACCUCUUUCUGCCCUGGGCUUCAUCUUGUCCUGGGUAUACAGUGACCGCCCGCUCAACGUGAAAUAAUACUACCCCCCGAACCACCUUCAAGCCUGGUCGCACCUCUUGCUCCUCGGGCGCAAGCCUCCUCAAAAUCUCGCCAUGGAUCCCGCAAUGGGCAAUCCCAUGGUCCCCAUGACGGCGCAAAUACCAGCACCAGUUGCCCAGCCUAUUCCCUUGCCGGUGUUGACGCGGGACAGCUACAAUUCGCAAUCAUUAGGGCGGUCUUUGAAUGCAAAUGUCAAGCAGCGGUUCUCGCGCUAGCUCCCGCAGAAACCCCCGAGACUCUGCUAACGACCACCUCACAGGCGCGCGUGCUCAUGGUAGGCGCCGGCGGCAUCGGCUGCGAACUCCUCAAGAACCUCGUCCUUACCGGCUUCGGUGAAGUCCACGUCGUCGAUCUCGACACCAUCGAUCUCUCCAACCUCAACCGCCAGUUUCUCUUUCGUCACGAACAUAUCAAAAAAUCAAAGGCACUUGUAGCCAAGGAGGCUGCGCAAAAGUUCAACCCCGCCGUUAAGAUUGUCGCCCACCAUGCGAACAUCAAAGAUGCGCAGUUCAAUAUCGAGUGGUUCAGCAGUUUCCGGAUAGUCUUCAACGCGCUCGACAACCUCGAAGCCCGUCGCCAUGUCAACAAGAUGUGUCUUGCCGCCGACGUCCCCCUCAUCGAAAGUGGAACAACCGGCUUCAACGGCCAGGUACAAGUCAUCAAAAAGGGUGUCACAGCCUGCUACGAUUGCGCGCCCAAGGAGACGCCAAAGUCAUUCCCCGUAUGCACGAUUCGCAGUACACCGAGCCAGCCUAUUCACUGUAUAGUGUGGGGCAAGAGCUACUUGCUCAACGAGAUUUUCGGAGCGAGCGAAGACGAGUCAGCAUUCGAUCAUACUGUUGAUGGUGAUAAUGCGCAGGAGAUCGAGGAGCUCAAACGCGAGUCGGCGGCGCUACGAAAGAUCAGGAAUUCUGUGGGUACAGAAGAGUUCGCGCAGAUGCUUUUCGAAAAGGUAUUCAAGACGGAUAUCGAGCGGUUGCGCUCAAUGGAGGACAUGUGGAAGACGCGCAAGCCGCCUGAGCCACUCAACUACAAGGAACUCCUCGAUAAGGCCAAGUCGCUCGACAAGGACAAGGUUUUGAAGGAUGCUCAGAAGGUGUGGUCGCUGGAAGAGAACCUCGUCGUCUUCAAUGACAGUCUCGAGCGACUUAGCAAGAGGGUUCUGGAGAACAAGAGCGCCGGUGAAGAAUCCAUCAUCACCUUUGACAAGGACGAUGAGGAUACCCUGGACUUUGUCGCCGCGAGUGCCAACAUUCGCUCAGCGGUGUUCGGUAUUGACAGAAAGUCAAAGUUCGACAUUAAGCAGAUGGCUGGCAACAUUAUCCCUGCCAUUGCGACAACGAACGCCAUCGUCGCCGGUCUUUGCGUGCUGGAGGCAUUCAAGGUCCUGAAGGGCCACUACGAGCAGGCCAAGGAGGUUUUCCUUACGCCGUUUGCUAAUGCACGUAUGUUGGCGUCCGACAAGUCACGGGAGCCUAACCCUGAUUGCCCGGUCUGCGGUGUUUACCAGACGAGAGCGUAUGUCGAUUUGGAGAAGGCGACGUUGAACGAUUUGGUAGAACACUUGAUCAAGACGAAUCUGGGGUAUGGCGAGAAGGAUUUCGCUAUUAGUAACGAGGUUGGCAUUCUGUACGACCCGGAUGAGACGGAUAAUCUGGAGAAGAAGCUUUCGGAGCUGGGCAUCAAAUCCGAUUCAUUCCUGACCAUCACCGACGAAGACGAUGAGGAACCUUUCGUUAACGUCGUCGUUGCCAUCCAAGAAGCCAAGGAGCCUCUGGGUGACAAGCCAGUCAAGGGCAUUCUCGACCCAGAGGACGUCAAGAUCCCACUCAAGCCCAAGAAGCAGUCACAGCCUGAGCCAGUGGCUACGCCGACAGCUGCCACCAACGGUGCCAGCAUAUCCAACGGCCAGAACGGAGGAGUAAUAAACCUUGAUGGCGAUGAGCCAAUGACGACACCAGCCAAGUCGCUCAAGCGCGGCCACCCCGAAGACGCAGAGGGUCCAUCGGUCAAGAAGAUCAAGGCCAACGACAAGGCGGCGGAUGACGAUAUCGUCUUUAUCGAGGAUAGUGCGGGAGCUAUCGUGAUUGAUGAUGACUGAUCUUCCAUCACCCCUUUGCCGUGUCUUGUGCGCGGUUCAUUAUUGCUACCGUAGGCCGUAGUUAUGGUCGGUAUAUACUAUGAUUACCACAUGGCUUGCUUGCUAUUCUUGCUAUACCUACUAGCCACAGAUACCCACGGGAAGCGGUGUGUCGUUUCAGACAGCACUUAACCCUCCAUCAAGAUUAAGUACGCAGUUGUUUGCAUACGGGUUCUUGAUAAGGAACAGGGCAGCGUCGGCGACUUCAUCUGUUGUUCCGAAGCGGCCUAGGGGAAUUUGUUGGAGAAUGGAAGGGUUUUUGAGACCUAGAUGAGAUGAAGAGGUCAGUCGGGUAUUCAGGUGCGAUGAUCUUGAAGGACUAGGUAGUCAGAUGAGAUGAUCCAAGCUCCUUGAGACAUUUGCGAUUUUCCAUUCUAGCUGGGCGUAAGGGACUACUAGGGAACACAAUGGAUUGAAGAUCAACAAAGGGAUAAUUGGUGAUGAUUGUGUAGAUUUUUGUUUAGAUGAGUUCUGGUUGAUGAUGAGGAUUUGUUCUUCGAUCUCACUGUUGGUUCUGCUGCUUCACCAAUCGAGGAUGUGGAUUGGAUGGAUAGGUGUGUAUUCCAAGAACGAGGGGGAAGACCUCUCUCGUUGUUCUCCCUGUCUGGCUGGAAAUGGACCCAUAUAAUUCUGCGAUUCUCACCACGAGCGCAUCUGCCAGCUGUAUCCAACGUUCCAUGAAUAUAGAACGGCAGCCCAAUUUGAAAAAUUCCA